CUCCCUCUCGCGCCAUCUCUCCCUCCGUCAUCCCUCCAUUCUGAGUCAUGCUGUCCGUAGUGGUAGAGCACAUCUUCCUCCUGGUCCUCGUCACCCUCAUCAGUGUCCUGCAGAAUGCUUUCUUUGCAACAAAGGUAGAGAGGGAGGGUAAAGAGCACCAUGCCAACACUUCUGCUUUUGAGAGAGUGUCCUGCACCAAUCGUAACUGCAUGGAUUCCUACCCAACCUUCCUGGCUGUAAUGUGGUGUGCUGGGCUGUGUCUCAACCAAGCUCCUGCUGCGUUCGCAGGGCUCGUCUACCUGGGGGCCAGACAGAAGUACUUUGUUGGGUAUAUGGGUCAGACAUCUCAGAGCACUCCUGGCUUCCUGUUUGGGAAACGUGUCCUGUCCUUCCUGUUCCUGAUGUGCAUUGUGGGUAUCUUCAACCUCCUGCUGGUGCGUUGCUUCGGCAACGACUUUAAAGACACCGUGGAGACCAUCGCCACGGCAGCCUCCGCUCUUCUCCUCAUUCCCUGAACACGCGUGUGUGUGUGUGUGUGUGUGUGUGUUUGAUGUACUAUGGCAGUGACUAUAAAGUCUAUGUCCAGUCCUUUGCGCACGGCAUGGGCAAGUCAGUAUAUGAGUUGCGAUGGUUGAUUCAAUGUGGUGAAAAUGGCCUCUUCUGUGCUCAAUAAUUUCACGUUUUAUUUUUUUUUGAGAAAAAAAAAACUUUUUUAUUUGAGUCUGGAAAUAAAA